AUGCGGAAGAUUUCAGGGCCCCCCAGCGUUUGCUUGUGCGAAGCAGACGCUGCUGCUACUGCCCCCGCUGCUGCUGCUGCUGCUGCGAGUAGCUCGGUAAAAGUACCUAGCUCCCUUCCCCCCGAGGCAGCUAGCAGCGCCAAUGCUCCUGACGCUGUACACACACCUGACAUGGCCGAGGCGAUGCUCCGGCCGCACUGGAACCCCACAGAACACAGGGAAGCUGCGUCAGCUCCUGCAGCAGCGGAAGCAACAGCAGCGGCAGCGGCCCCCUUGACACGAAAAGAUAUAGUCGCAGCGCAAUCAGUGGACUCCUCAGACGGUACGCUGCCUCCGCAGCAUCAACUGCAGCAGAAGCAGCGACAGCAGGGGCUCCACACAGAGUUAACAUCUCCACCCUGUGGCGAGAGGGAUUCGUGCUGUGGCUGCAGCAAAAUCAGACCCAGCAGCAGCAACAGGCCGGCUACUGCUGCUACUGCACCGCAACACAAGCGGCCGCUUAGCACCUGCAAUGAGCACAGGACGCGCUGCUGCCUCACCCGCAGCGACUGGGGCAGCAACAGCAGCAACACCAGCAGCAGCAACAAUAGUAGCAGUAGCUUUGCGGAGCAUGACUCUGCAUGCAAUGUUUCGGCCGCAGAAUCAAGCUGCUCGGCCCCAGCAGCAGAAACGGGGGCAACAGAAACGACACAUGCAGCCGUCCCUGCUGCUGCUCCUCCUCUUCCUGAAGCCUCGGUAGCAGUGCCCCCGCUCCAUGCCGCAGGUGGAAAAAACAGUAGCUGCAGCAGCUGCAGCAGCAGCUGCUGCAGAAGCUGUUGCUGUCGCCCCGCAACAGUCACGCAGCCCAAUCGGCCUCAGGUUUUUCAGGUGUCUGCGGCAGCCCCUGUUGCAGCAGCAGCAGGUGGGGGUGCUGCUGCCACGGAAGCAUCAGGAGCUGCAGGAGGAGCAGCGUCCCCUCCAGAAUCCCCUUCGCAUGAAUCAGAUAAAACAAAAACAACUGCAGCAGCAGCAGCAGCAGCAACUCAUGCAUCAGGGCAAAGCGGUGCUAGGGCCCCAUGCCAAAGCCGUCUGGUUUCUGUGGGCAGCAGCAGCAGUAGGAAGAAUGCGCGGACGUGCGCAGCACCAGAUGCCGCAAUAACACCGGAAGAAACUGCGGUUGCAGCGCAAGCAGCAGCAGCAGCAGCACAAGGAGCAGCUGGGUGUCAGCAAGCUGUAGGGGGCUGGCAGGUCCCAUUGAGCUUGCCUUUGCCUCUGUCUUUAGCUCCUGUGUCUUAUACUCGUCGUGUGAUGGCAGCAGCUGCUGCUGCUGCUUCCGCUACCGCUGCUGCUGCCGCUGCAGCUGCUAACGCCGCAGGGACGCCGCGAUCAGCUGCUGCUGCAGCAGAAGCAACAGCACAAAAUCGCCGAAUGCAGCAGCUCCAUGUAGAAGAUGCUGUGCUGCUGCUGCAGGUCGCCUUCGACCUGCAGAGGCACUCUGUGCUGCUGCCUACGCUGCAUGUUGUGGGGGAGGACGGUGCCCCUGCAGGGCUGCAGCCGUGUGGUGCUCUCCUCUGCAGCAGCAGCAACAACAACAAAAACAGAAGGAGCAGUAGACAUGACGGCAGCGGCAGCAAUGGGAAUCGAACAGGAUCGACUACUACUGCUGCUGCUGCUGGACAUGAGGAAGCACGGCAGCGUUGGGCUGACCCUGGUUUCAGCAGCAUUGGCAGCAGCAGCAACAGCACGGAAGUGCUGCUGCCUCAUUUACCUGUCAUUACACCUGAAGAGCUGCAGCAGCUGCAUGCAGCAGCAAUUCGCCUCUAUGGAGAAGGUAUGGUUCCUUCCUUUUGGCAGCAGCAGCUCUUUUUGAAUCAGCAGCGGCUAGGGCAGAACUACGCCCUGCAGCAGUUGCUGUAUCGGCUGUUGCAGGAGCAGCACGUGCACCAACAGCAACAACACUACUCGCCGCAGCAGCUCUGGCAUCUUGAGCAACAGUGGCAGCAGCAGCAGUGGCAGCUGUACCAACUCUGGCAGCAGCAGCAGCACUACUACCGUAGCUCGCCCAGACUAGGCACACGAUGGGUCAAUAUGAGGCCCAACGGGAGGGAGCAGAAGCAGCAGCAACAGCAGCAGAAGCAGCAGCAGCAGAAGCACAGUUCCCGCCCAUCCCGUCAUCACAACCGCCAUUGGACAGCAAAUUCCUGUCCACCUGCUGCUAGAGCAGCAGCAGGUGCAGCAGCAACAGCAGCAGAACCAGCUGCUGCUGCUGCAACACCUGUCAAGUCCGUUCCCGCCGAGGCUGGAUCUGCUGCUGCAUCGCGUGGUGGUGCUGCUAGCAGCAGACGCCAAGCAGGCACCCGACGGCCUCGGCGCUCUGUAGCAGCCUUUGCUGCGAACAAUAGUUGCAGUGGCAGAUCAGCAGCAGCAGCAGCAGAACCAUCUAGGCAGCGCGCUGCUGAUGUAGCUGCCCGCCACAAGGCUUUCCGUGGCCUUUGUGCUGCUUUAGGGUUUAUGGCUGGCGCCUUGCUGCAGGAGAAUGCCAGCAGCAGCCCAGAGGCAGCAUCAGCAACACCAGCAGCAGAUGCAGCAGCAGAUGCAGCAGCAGAUGCAGCAGAUUCCGCCCCAAAAACCGAACGAUCCCGCAACGACAACAACAACAACAGCAGCAGCAGCUGCUGCGCCAGUGCCCCUUGUAGCAACACUGGCAGCAGCAGCGGCACAAGCAGCAGCAGCGACAACAAAAAAGGUCCUGAUGCCAAGAGCCCACACGCAAGCACUGUCCCAUCUGCAGGAAAGCCUACCGCUUCCGGAGAGAGCCGCUGCAGCAGCAGCAGUAACAACAGCAGCAGCAGCAGUAGUAACUGCAGCGCCAGCAAUAGCAACAGCAACAACACCACUGGUAACAGUAGCAGCAGCAGCAGCAGUGUGGUGGAGGUACACUGCGUCGCUGCAAAGCCAAGGCGAAACCUAUCGGAUAGAAGCUGCAGUCGUGAGAGUUUGAGGGGCCCCCAGGGGGCCCCACCCGGCAUUAGCAGCUCUGAGGGGCCCUCUUGGGUCUCAGGGGGCCUCGCAGCAGCAGAAGGCUCUAGCCGGUAA